AUGUCUUCAUCUGAUGAUGAAAUUACAAAACUCCUCAAAGUUCGGAAAACUGUAAUGCAAAUGUUGAAUGAUCGAGGCUAUUUAGUAACAGAUGACGAAAUCAACAUGACCAAGCAACAGUUUAUUGAGUAUUAUGGUGACAAUAAGAGCCGAGACAACCUUUUCAUGAUUAAGAAUAAGCAAAAUGAUACUUCUGAUCAGAUUAUGGUUAUCUUUCUGAUUCCGGAGCCAUCCAAGGAAACCAUAGGUAUAGGCCCACUCAAGAAAUGCAUUGAGAGGAUGCAAUCUGAGAAAAUAUUCAGGGCAAUUUUGGUGACUGAACAUGGUUUGACAGCUGCAGCAAAGAAGGCUGUUGAAUUACCAAAUAUAAAGUUAGAGGUCUUCCAGGAUUCUGAACUGUUGAAUAAUGUUACCGAGCACGAUCUUGUUCCAGAGCAUCAGGUGCUUACAGAUGGGGAAAAGAAGGCAGUGCUUGAGAAGUAUAAAGUUAAGGAAACUCAGCUACCGAGAAUGCUGGUCACUGACCCUGUUGCAAGACAUUACGGCUUUCAACGUGGGCAAGUCGUGAAGAUCAUACGUCCUAGUGAAUAUGUUAGCUGAUAUUUCUGAAUUUUGCUCCCUGGGUUCUUCCUGAAGUUUGUUACUUGGUGAAAAAGACUUAGUAUGUAGAUCAGUAGAUGAUGACUGCUAAUAUAGUGGCUGCUAUAUGCAUCAGAAACUGAGUUUUUGUGUAGAAUCAGAAUGUAUAAAGGGUAUGCUGACAAACAUUUGUGAACAAUCACACUGAAUUGCAAAGU